AUGCAUCGAUUCCCAUGGUAUGCACAGAAUUGGGCGGAUUUCUUGGGAGUUCUAGUUGCGGCGUUAGCGUGUACGCAGUGGCUGCCGCAGGUGUUUACUACUUGGCAUUUGGGACAUUUGGGUAGUUUAAGUGUAGCUAUGUUGGCACUAUCGACACCGUCAACAUGGAUAUUCGGCUUCUCCCUCAUUUCUCGCGUAGGAUUCGCCGGAUGGUCUGCAUGGAUAGUUUACGUCCUAGUAGGAACCAUGCAACUAAUCCUAAUUGGAACUGCCAUCUUCUUCGCUAUCAGAGACUACCAGCACGGCGAACCGGGUAAGAAUACAAUUGAAACGGGUAUUCAAGGAAACGCUUGGUUAGAUGGUUAUAGCAUCUCUUCUGAAGACGGUGGAGACUAUGAAGUCGAUGCAGAGAGCAUGAUAGCACCUGAUGAAAGGAUGAGUUUGUUAGAUGGACACGAUAAGAAAGGGAAGGGAACAUUAGCGGCGUUUUAUGGGCAUGAUCGAGGGCUAUAG